AUGGAUUGGGCAGUGAGAACUGCUGAACGCAAGACUAGAUACAUUCAGGGAAGUGCACGGUCAAUAUUGGAGUCACUCAACAAGUUUAAUGAAGUGAUAGGUGAGGGUCAGGACAAGAUAAGCUCAAUUUGCAGUGCGAGCAACGAAUGGCUAAGCAAUGAAAUGAAAAGUCUCAAAUACAUUGCGGAAGAGGAAGAAGAUAAAGCAAGAUGCGAUAGUUCGGAGGGUAGUAUAGCCAACGAAACAAAGCUAGAUGACCAAAAAACACCAAAGAGAGAAGGAAACAUUAUAACGCAUGCUACACCUAUUUCACUUCCCACAGAUGACGCUGAUCGCGGCAAUAACAGGAGCUUUUCGCGUAAGACUGACGGUGAAGUCGAACUGGAAAGGAAGAUAUCUAACGAAUCUAGCAUUACCAAAGAAGCAUCUCGAGAUAAAACCGACAGGGAGAGAAACAAAACCAGCCUAGAGGAAACGCAAACGCCCCGCCAAUUAAAGGCAACGAGUGGAAAAGAGGAGCUUAAGUCAUCACCAUGGUCUCCUUAUAAGGCCGAAAGAACAUUUCAAGUGUCGGAUUACAAUGAUCGGAAGAUAUAUGCCACUAUAAUUUCCGAAGAGAACAACUCUGAGAGGCAAAAGCUAGAAAAGAAGGAGCUCACUCAAUCCUCAAGCGAAUCGAAAAUGCAAACAACAGACCAGAGCCGAGCGAAGCCAACAAUCACAAGAGAGAAUAUGAAUACUAUAAAAGGAGCUGAUGACAAAACUGUUCUCCCUCUCCGAGACCGUUCACAGCGAAGAUCGAACAUGUUUGUUCCAUUACCUAAUAAAGAUCCUCUAGUUGUCCAACCAGUAAGCAAUAACGUUCUUCAAAGUAAAACGCCAAUUGCUAACAAGAAGCAUCAGGAUGGUUAUCGUUUGCAUAGCUCUAUAAUAUCUCAACCUAAUUUUUCACUAUCUCUACCAACUGCCAAGGGUAAAACUCCAAAAGAUUCAAAUAGAUCCAAUGUUUUUGAUAGACUAUCAUCCAUUUCCACAAAAUCUUUUGAAAAGAAGUCUCUUUCCAGAAGUCCUAUUCGAGAAGGCAGGGUGCGACGCAUUGGUAAUUCGUUCGCAGAUGUAACUGGUUCACCCAUUGGACGAAGGUCGCCCAAGGCCACUGGCCACUCAAAUCAAAAGAUCAAAGAAACGCUUAAAAAUAUUUUUGAUUCUCAAAUUCCAAAGUUGACACAAUCGUCCACGCCUAAAAGUACAAUCAACGAAUUACCAAGAGCAGGUAUGGAGAGAGUAUCGGAAAAACGGAAUUCUUUAAUACCCAAAUUAAGUGGGCGCACUAUGGUCUCACCAAGUCCUGAUACGAUGAAAACAGGAAGAAUGGGGAAGGGAGCUGCCUCCAUAGUUUCAAGUGUCUCCCGUAAUGCCAGCCCGUCUCAUCAAGAUCAGAAACCAUUACCAGAAAAAAAUGACAUUGAAGAGCAUUUAGGGAACUCAAAUACUGUUUCUCUUGGCCAGCACGAAACACAUGAACCUGUUCCUAACCCGAAAUAUUCGAGAUCCAUCAAGGAAUCAGGUGUUUUGAGUGGAUUGAUGAAAAGUGUCGAGGUCAUUGAAAGUAACCCUGAUGAAAAGCAGUCAUCAAGAAAAAGAUCGAUAGGUUACCAGUUCAAUAAGGAUGAAAAAUCACCUACAAAUUUACAUAAGGAGAAGGUACGCAGGACGUCUCAUGAUAGACUUACAAAAUUCCAGCUGGUACCACCAGCCGGAUCGAAAGAUGUCAAGAAAAAGCUUGACAAAAGAUUAUCAGAGGUUUUAAGAACCCAGAAAGAGCAAGAAAAACGGAAACAGGAGCAGCUGAGGAGAAAGACACAGCUCGACGAAGAUUUGAAGAAGCGUAGGACCAGACAAAUGCACGAUGGUAGCGAUUUCUCUAGAAUCAAUCGCCUCCCACAGCCGUCAAAUUCCGUCAGUGACAACUUUUUUAGUAACCUUACUCGAAACACACUGCUUUACGAUCUAAACUCAACUGACCAUCGGGAGAUUAUUGGUCAUAAUGGUGGAGAAGAAAGCGCCAUUGGAGAUCAAACACUGCCCGAUAUCGAUUCCGAUUCCGAAUGUGAAGAAGACAAGAUUCUAGCUACAUGGGCUCAGGCACCAUAUCUUCAAGAACAAUUAUUGGCCCAGCAGGACUGGAAUCCUGAAGCCAUAUUUGGUUCUAUCCCUCCCUUGCAUAUAGAUGAAGUCUUUCAGAAUUCAAGACUAUCGAAACUAAAGUCACGCCAAUCUCUCGCGAGAAUCAACGUAGUUGAAACGGCAGAUACCAGAAAAGAGUAG